AUGGCUACUCUUCACUUCACUCUCCCGUCUACAACCGGCCGGCAGCGGCUGCCGGAAUUCCGGUCCAUCUUCAAACCGGCUCGGUGUGCAGCUGAGAGACAGGCCCUAUUUGACCGAAUUGCCCCUGUCUAUGAUAACUUGAAUGAUUUGUUGAGUUUAGGGGGCCACAGGGUAUGGAAGAGGAUGGCCGUUUCUUGGACUGGAGCAAAAGAAGGAGACUCUGUGUUGGACGUGUGUUGUGGGAGUGGGGAUUUGGCCUUUCUAUUGUCUGAAAAAGUUGGAGUCAAAGGCAAGGUUUUUGCUGUUGAUUUUUCGAAGGAGCUAUUACAGGUUGCUGCAUCUCGACAGCUUAAGCGGUCAAAAGCGUGCUACAAAAACAUCGAGUGGAUUGGAGGAGAUGCGGUCGAUUUACCCUUCUCUGGCUCGUAUUUUGAUGCUGCUACCAUUGGAUAUGGGUUGAGAAAUGUGGUAAAUAGGAAAAAGGCCCUGGAGGAAAUGAGUCGGGUACUAAAACCCGGUUCGAAACUAUCUGUUCUUGAUUUCAACAAAAGCACUAACCCGUUAACGAGCUCAGUCCAGGAUUGGAUGAUUGACUAUGUAGUGGUGCCCGUUGCUAGUGGGUAUGGCCUAGCAAGUGAUUAUAAGUACCUGAAGAACUCAAUCAAGGAAUAUCUCACGGGAGAUGAGUUGGAGAAGGUAGCUUUAGAAGCGGGCUUUUCCCGGGCCAGACAUUAUGAGAUUUGUGGAGGGUUAAUGGGUAAUUUGGUGGCCACUCUCUAA